AUGGAGCCCCUGGCAGAGGAGGAACUUGAUGGGAAGCAGAUGUCGCAUUCUGCUGUUGCAGUCUGGUUGAAGGCGGCUCAAAGUAGACAAAAGAGCUAUACAGAUAAUCGGAGGAGGGAUUUGGAAUUUCAAGUUGGACAUCAUGUAUUUUUACGAAACUCGCCGUGGAAGGCAGUAAUGCGAUUCGGUAAGAAAGGCAAACUAAGUCCAAGGUAUAUUGGGCCAUUUAAGAUACUAGAGCGCAUUGACAAGACAACUUAUCAUUUGGCUUUACCACCUAGUCUAUCUCACAUUCACAAUGUGUUUCAUGUAUCCACGUUGAAGAAGUACAUGCCUGACCCAUCACACGUGUUAGAUUUCCAACCAAUCCGACUAAAGGAUGAUUUGUCUUAUGAAGACGAAGCCAUAGAUAUUAUGGACAAGAAGGAUCAAGUACUACAUUCUAAGACUGUACCACUAGUAAAAGUAUUGUGGAAGAAUCAUGCCUUGGAGGAAGCUAAUUGGGAGCGUGAGGAUGAUAUGAAUAUUCGAUAG